UGUUUCUGGCAAUGUCCUAACCAUAGUCUCCUUUCAUCUUGAGAAAUCGGUAACCAGUAACAUCUUGAGCAAGUUCUCUUUGAAAUCUCAGGCACAUGAUCCAUAAAUUGGAUUGUCAAAGACAGAAAAAGGUCCGACCUACCUGGAGCACGCAUAAUCUAAUGCGUUGGACAUCAACUAGUCAGAACCGAGCAUAUGUUCCUCCUUCUGUGACCGAGAAAAGACGUCUUCUUCAAUAAACAGGAGGCGAAAUUCUCUGAUAUGUGCAUACCGGCGGCACUAAUACACCCUUUGAAUGAUUGAUAUGGUCGCCUCUAGCUUCAGAUCUAUUUAAUUCUUCCGGUUUCGAAACGGCACGUCGUAUAGACCCGUAACUACUGGGUUGUCCAUUCUACCAUACUCAACAGAUUUCAUGUAAAAAAUCAGGACAAAGAACUGGGGGGGAAAGAAAAGAGCUGUUUCAUAUGUUACUAGGAAACUGUCAUUCAUUUGCUCAGAAGUUAACGAAGCCUUUGUAGUGUACUGCUUGGCACCUUUUGUGUGAAAACAAGAUUUUAAAUAGAUCAUGGCUCCGCCGGCCGCGCUAGCGAUGAAACAUUCAUCCAUGUCUUAAUCCUUGGGACUGGAGGUGGGUUUCACUUAGUUGUAUGAAAACAAUUUGAGAGGUUUGUUAAUCUUUGGCUGAUCUGAAAAGUUCGACCGUGCAUCAUCAGGAUCGAGAAAAGAUGGGACGUCCCUCAACCGAACUAUUUGCUCCUUCCGGUUCAGUCCAUCAGCAAAUGCAACCGGAGGAAGUGAGCGGUCCUUCGACCCAGCAACAGUUUCAGCUGCAGCAGAAUAUACAAGCCAGUCUGAUUAAUCCAACGCAGGCUGUACAAUUCCCGCCCCAAAAUCCGCAGAUGAUGCCACUUCACUCGAUGCCGCAAUCUAAUCCGCAGAAUCUGGCUGGUCCUGGACAAAGUCCACAAGCUAACCAAAGCUUUUGGGCUCAGCCAACUCUGUACGCUGGGCAACCGAUCCCCGUGGGCUCUCAAAUUCAAGCCGGUUUCCAGCCAUCACAUCCUGCGCCCGACUUUAUUACAGGGCCAACGAAUGCUCCGGCUCCACCCUUUCACACUGCUGGUGCAAACUAUCCUCAAGUGCCGUUUCCUCUGCAUAACUUGCCUCCUAUGCCUCAAGGGAUGAUAGUUCAAUUGACACCAGCUGCUCCACCAUCUCCUUGGACAACGGGGUUGUUCGACUGCAUGGAUGACCCUUUGAAUGCGGUCGUGUCCUGUUGCUUCCCCUGCGUAACCUUUGGCCAGAUAGCUGAGAUUGUCGACCGAGGGAGCACAUCGUGUGGAACGAGCGGGCUACUGUACGGCGGGAUCCAGUUUCUAAUCGGUUGCCCUUGCUUGUUGUCCUGCACUUACCGAACCAAGCUCCGGCACCAAUUCAACCUCAUUGAGUCUCCUGCUCCUGACUGGAUCACUCACUUCUUUUGCGAAUGCUGUGCUCUUUCUCAGGAAUACAGAGAGCUUAAGAACAGAGGACUUGACCCUUCCAUAGGUUGGCCGGGGAAUGCGGCAACAAUGCAGAAUGUGCAGUAUCAAGUCGCUAUGGUACCUCCAAUGCAUCAGCAACCCAUGACCAUGAGAGCUUGACGAGGAACACCACAUCAGAUCCAUCGGCGACUCGGAUCAUCCUCUCAUGUAAUUCCCAUUUGAGUCAAAAUAAGUGAAUAUACCAAUAGAAAUAUGAAGUUACAAUUUGCCGAUAUGAAUAAUAAUCGUCUUUUCAAAAGUGUCCAUUGAUUUGAAGAACGUAUGAAUUUUUUUUUUGUGUCAAA